AUGUCACUCAUAAAAGCGAACGCAGGCGGCAAUUUCAGCCGUAUGCAAUUUCGUCCAAGGAAAAUAGAUAACAAGAAGGGUAUGGUUACUUUUUUAUGGUACGAAGUUGACGAAGAAGCUUUUCCGACAGUUAACAGAGAUAACCCUGAGGUGGUCACCGGAAUUGAAAAGGGGGAGGAUGAAGAACUUCACUUUAAGACCUUGGUGGAAAAGAAGAACAAAAUGAUUGAGAAAAAUGAGGUGCCCAAAGAAGAACGUACAGAACAGGAUGACACAAAACCGGGAAUUCCUUGUCCGGAAACUGGUAACGGUGAUCAGACGAGGAAACCCUACUUUGAGCCAAACUUCAAACAAUCAAAAACGUACAGAAAGUUCUCUACGCCCAUCGAAGAAUGCAUCGGAUGUGAAUAUAACAUGGACGAUGCCGAUGAGAAGUGGUUAGAGGAAUAUAAUUCAAAAGAAGGAAAUGAUCUCAGCGAAGAUAAUUUCGAAGAAAUCAUGGAUUUCUUUGAGAGGAUGGCAAAGAAAAAAUCACACUUAUUGCUUGAGAAGCGACUACCAACGUGGGAGGAUUAUUCAAAACUUCCUGACAAGUUAGUGCCAUAUGCAAAGGAUGCUGAAGUUGUAUAUACUUAUUGGAAGGCGAAGAGGAAUGCGUACAUGACCCGUUAUAAAAAAGCUGGUCCCUUGAUGCACGAGAUAAAGGUUGGUGAUGUGAUAUCAACAAAUUCGAACAAAUGUGAUCGACGAAAGACGGUGGAGACGAAGAAAGAAGAUGAGGAAGACGCAUAUAUAUGUUUCCGCCGUCGUGAACUGAGGCCGGUCAGAAGGACUCGUCGAACCGAGGCUCAAUCUUUUGAUAAAUUGAAGAACAUACGAAUUGACCUUCAGUCUGGAAGAGAGAUCGUGGUUCAAGUUCAAACACGUGAGAAAGUUAAGAAGCAAAAGAUUGAGAUAAACCGAAAGGUGUUUGUCAUGGAGUGCAAGAUCAAAGAUAUGCAAAGGGAGUUGGGAAUCAAGAAACAUUCUCAGAAGAGCAAGAAUCGAAAGUCCUCAACAUCACAAGCCGAAAUUUUUGGACAACCACGGAAAAAUUCUAUCAAGACCACGAAAAAGGAUGGUGAUAUCCAAAUGACUGAUGUUACGGAUUUUCCAUAUCUUUCUGCUUGCAAAAGCACGGCGACCACCUACUACAGAAAAUUACCGUCUUCAGAGAAUGCGUUCAGAAGUCGCUGUGGUCGUGGUGGUCGUAGGCGAUGCUUUCUUGAUCGACUUGAGGUUUUUAGAUUCCGUUGUAUAAAAGAGGAGGCUCAUUGGAAAUUCAAAUAUGAUUCUGAUGAAGAUGAUGCCUUCAGCGAUGAUGACACAUCGUUUAUGGAAUGUGAUGACGAUGAAAUAUACGGAGAUAAGGCGGACAUAAAUGAAAAUUCCAUCAUAUGGCAUCUGCUAACGGAGGAGGAUUUCCAAAAUCUUAGUUCCAUUCUUAAGUCUCCAAAGGACAAGCAAAGUUCGCCCAAGCAGUUGCAUAGGGAUGAAGGUCAUCCCAGUGGAAAUGUUGCUGGCAAUCUUCUGACUCAAACAAGCGCGGAAAGUCGUCUGAAUGCCGAAAACCGGACACCCAUCCAAUCUUCGCAGCCUCGACUAAAUCCUGAUGGUGAGCUACGAGUGGAAAACCAAGCUUCCCGUGACUCGCGCACUGCUAUGGAGAUCGACCAAUGCUCAACGAACAUUUUACCAAGAACCAACAUUGACUUGAGGAAUGUCGAGCAAAGAUCGUCUCGUUCAAAUUUUGAUCCAAACACUAUGAAUCUGCGAAUAAACAAUAUCCAACGUGAUGCCAAUGGCCGUGUGAACACUUCGAGCAUUGAUACGCAAUCCGUGAACAGCCAACGUGCAUUCGUUGAUCCUCGCACAUUCAACGGCGCCAAUAUUCCGAGGGAUCAACAACAAAUAAACGGUAGUCAGACCACCAUUCGAGAUCAACGACUGAAUAUCAGUGCUCAAAUUGCGGCUCGUGGUCAAAACCUAACUUCAGAUUCAAGUAGUGUCAGGGAUACGCUGGCGAAUAGUGUAUCUUUUAAUGGUCGGGAUCAGCGUACGUCCGCCGAUCAGAAUCAGAAUGGCGAUCAAAGGUUAAACUCCGAAUCACCGAGAUCUGGUAUAGAUCCACGUGCAAAUCUCGCUCACAACGGCCAUACUGUUAGAGCUUCGAUCUCGACAAAUCAUCGUGACAAUACAUUACCCUAUCGGCAUAAUGCCUUGAGAAACGGUCGUGUGUCCAAGGAUCCCUCAAUAGCUUCUUUAGCUAACCACAUUGGUCAAGUCUCGAACGUAAGAAGUGGCUCGGUGCUGUCCGGCAACUCGACUAAUUUGGUUUCAUCGAAUAUGCACAUGACAAGUCAAGGGUCUGUUGUCCCAGUUUCAGUAGUUCAAAUUCCCACACAAGUCACAUCAAUGCAGAGAUCAGUCCCUUCGAACGCUCAAAUAAACGGGUCUAGUCUCUCACAGACUGUCGCUAAUCAAAAUUUGAUUUUCAAUGCCACCAGUCAGGCGGUUACGCCGAUAAAUGGUUCCAGACUCUCGCGCACGGGUUCGAAUCCGGGUGCCGGGAUGGUCAUAAACAACGUUGCACAAGUGGUUUCUCCGAUAAACGGCACCUCCCUUACACGUUCUGGCUCCAACCCAGGGGUUGUCAUGGGUAGUACUUUACAGGUCGUCUCGCCGAUAACCGGUGCUACCCUCUCACGUUCGGGUUCAAAUCCAGGGGUCGUCAUGAAUACUGCCCCGGGCAUAGACCCCCGAAGGCUCCAACGUAAUCAUUCAAACCCGCAGAUACUCAUAAACAAUCCUAAUUUAAUGAUCUCAUCUACCAGCAAUGCAUCGCGGACCCCUUCAAAUACUGGAGUCACAAUGGUUGAUCCCGCGGUUGUGCAACAUGCGCAAUCGUCUCCGACGAUGAUGCUAAAUAGCGGCAAUCAAUUAAUCGAUCCUUCCAAGAUCAGCAAUUCGAAUAUAAGUCGAAUGGUGAUGCUGAAUAACACUGCAACUUUUGUGAACGGAGCAUUUCAAUCAUCGACAUCACCAUCUUUUGUGAAUAACGGACAGCUGCAAUCUUCCUCACUGAACCUACAAACAUCACGUCAAAAUCUGGGAACCGGCAACUUUAGCUCAUCUUCAACGGCAACUCCUCAUGAUGCGACAAGAAAGGCCAUCGGAAAUGAACUCAAACCAAAACCAGGCUCCGACCUGCAGCAAAACAUACCUGUUCAGGGUCGCGCCGAUCGGUUGCAAAUGCAGACGAUGCUCGUUUCAAACGCCUCACAGCAGACCCACAACAUCGUCCCGACCGGUGGUUCGGUCAACCUCAGGCAAAAAAAUGUUGCUUCGGGAAACGUUCCUAACUCGGUUGUUAGGCAAGUGAAUAUGGCCGUUGGUCAAAAUGCCACGAUUGUUUCGAACGUCUCGCAACCAUCAUUUUUACCUGUUGCCAGCAAUGUUAACAAUAUGCAGGUAAAUGGUGGUGUAACACCCAUAAUCAGACACCAAUCAAUGAGCGUGAAUUCCAACGCUAGUGUGCCAUCGACAAAUAUGCAACAGAGUGGUGGUUCGACGCCGGUCAUAAGGCAUGCCACUAACCCGACGUUGACGGCACAGUCGGUUCAUCAGCCGGGUGUGGUGAUUAGCAAUAUGGUCAGCCGACCGAACUCCGCGACACGGCAGGCCAACGUCCAACCCACUAUUCAAUCAAAUAUUCGCCUUGGUAAUAAUUAUAUCCUUCCACACGGUGCCGCGGGUCGUCAAAUUAUCUUACCGGCCAGUAGUCAACGUUCCACGACUCCAUCCCUGGUCGGAAGCAAUAUACAGGCAAACGGAGUUCAGAAUUUCAAUGCUAUAAGACAAACGCAUUCUAUCGCAUUUCCAACCAACGCCAGUCAAUUACCGAACAAUGCAACCAUUGCAAACUACCCGCAAUCCAAUCUGACGGUUCAACCCACUUUGACAUCUGCGCAAGCGAAUCGAUCAUCCGUCUCUUCAAUGGAUGUGGAUUCAAGAACAAAUGGCAUCUAA